CUGUUUAUUACUUGCAGGGGCAGGAGAGAGAGACCCGGGGGGCAAUAAGAAGCAGUGGAGAGAGACACCCCUUCCUUCUGGUGCUUAUAUUUAUUUUUAGGUUUUUUUAAUAACUUUUCUUUAAAGCUUAUUUUAUAUUGUUUGGAAUUUUUAAGACAUCGAACAGCAGAUUCAGCUAUUUCUUAACAAACGGGGAACAAAAAAAUAAUUAAAAAAAAACCAAACAAAAAAGGAAGAAUUUCCAAGAAGACUCCAAGUGCAAGAAUUCUUUUUACUAAUGAUGCCGUCUAAUGGCCCCGUCCUCAACACCAGCAACUCCCCGACAGAGACACAAGCGCUCAAGGGAGAUGCAGCCGUGGAAGAAAAUAAGAGCAAAGAGGAAAAGUCAGACAAGGGGGUGUCCUCAAAGAAAUCGGGGCGUCCAGGGAGAAAGCGCAAGCACAGCAUGGUGGAAAGCGCUAAUGUAUCCAAAGACAUUGCCUCAGUUCCUAAGUGCCACAUGUCUCCAGACACCACACACCCAGAUCCAAUUCACAAUGGAGAUAUGGAUUCCGCCAACAGGCAGCACAAGCCAGAGAGGUCCAGCCAAGAUCGACCAACACCAGAGCUAAGUCUAAGAGACAUGAAGACCUGUGGUUCACCAGAACUGCUAAGAGACAGUGAGGUAAACCUGGUGGUGGAGAAUGGAUGUUGCACUCCAAGCGAUGAGAUGGAUCCUCAGCAAAUGGAGGACUGUGAUGUUUCAGUGAUCUGCGCAACCAAGAAAAGAGGGAGAAGAAGGCUGUCCAACAGCUCAGAGAAAAGCAAAGAAGAGAAGGAAGAUACAAGCUCCGACUCUCCCAAAUCAGAGGGAUACCGAAGCCGGCUGCGUGGAGGAUUAAGCUGGGAGACUAGUCUACGUCAGAGGCCAAUGCAAAGACUACCCUUCCAGGCUGGGGACCCCUAUUACAUCAGCAAGAGGAAGCGAGAUGAGUGGUUGGCCAGAUGGAAACUGGAGGCUGAGAAGAAGCAGCAGUUGGUAGCCGUGAUCAACGCCAUGGAAGAAACGGUGUCACUGGAACCUCAGAAGGAAGAGGAACCCAGUCUGCCGGCCUCCCAGCAACCCACAGACCCCGCCUCCCCCACUGUGGCCACCACCCCCGAACCAGUUGCACCUGAUGCUGUCGACAAAAAUACGUCCAAGUCUGCAGACAACGAGGCAGAAUAUGAGGAUGGUCGGGGCUUUGGCAUUGGAGAUCUGGUGUGGGGCAAGCUCCGUGGCUUCUCCUGGUGGCCCGGUCGCAUUGUAUCUUGGUGGAUGACGGGAAGGAGCCGCGCAGCAGAGGGGACACGUUGGGUCAUGUGGUUUGGGGACAGCAAGUUCUCUGUGGUUUGUGUGGAGAAACUGUUGCCUCUCAGUUCAUUCGCCGGUACCUACCACCAGCCCACCUACAGCAAGCAGCCCAUGUACCGCAAAGCCAUCUAUGAGGUUCUCCAGGUGGCCAGCACCCGAGCCAGAAAGGUUUUCCCAUCAUGCCCAGAGAACGACGAGUCGGACAAUUCCAAAGCAGUAGAAAUCCAGAACAAGCAGAUGAUCGAGUGGGCGCUGGGUGGCUUCCAACCCUCUGGCCCCAAAGGCCUGGAUCCUCCAGAAGAGGAGCGCAACCCAUACAAAGAAGUUUACACAGAAAUGUGGGUGGAACCUGAAGCAGCUGCCUACACUCCUCCCCCUCCAACAAAAAAACCUCGAAAAAGCACAGAAAAACCCAAGGUCAAGGAAAUCAUUGAUGAGGGCACACGAGAGAGACUGGUCUAUGAAGUGAGGCAGAAGUGCAGGAACAUUGAAGAUAUCUGUAUUUCUUGCGGCAGUUUGAAUGUUAACCUGGAACACCCCCUGUUUACGGGUGGCAUGUGCCAAAACUGCAAGAACUGCUUCCUGGAGUGCGCUUACCAAUACGAUGACGACGGCUAUCAAUCCUACUGCACCAUAUGCUGCGGAGGGAGGGAGGUGCUAAUGUGCGGCAAUAAUAACUGCUGCAGGUGCUUUUGUGUCGAGUGUGUGGACUUGCUUGUGGGACCAGGUGCAGCCCAGGCAGCUAUUAAAGAAGAUCCUUGGAACUGCUACAUGUGCGGACACAAGGACAUCUGCGGGCUACUGAAGAGGCGCGAUGACUGGCCCUCCCGGCUGCAGAUUUUCUUUGCCAACAACCACGACCAAGAAUUUGAACCACCAAAGCUUUAUCCGCCUAUACCAGCUGAAAAGCGGAAGCCUAUCCGAGUACUGUCUCUGUUUGAUGGCAUUGCAACAGGUCUAUUGGUGCUAAAGGAUCUUGGGAUCCACAUAGAACGUUACAUUGCCUCAGAGGUGUGUGAAGACUCCAUCACUGUCGGUAUGGUGCGACAUCAGGGAAAGAUCAUGUACGUGGGAGAUGUGCGCAAUAUCACCCGUAAGCAUAUUCAGGAAUGGGGCCCUUUUGACCUUGUUAUUGGGGGAAGUCCUUGUAACGAUCUUUCCAUCGUGAACCCAGCACGGAAAGGUCUGUUUGAAGGCACCGGGAGACUCUUUUUUGAGUUCUAUCGUUUACUUCACGAGGCCAGGCCUAAGGAAGGAGACAAACGGCCGUUCUUCUGGCUCUUUGAGAAUGUGGUGGCCAUGGGCGUUAGUGACAAAAGGGACAUCUCACGUUUCCUAGAGUCAAACCCAGUGAUGAUCGAUGCAAGGGAGGUGACGGCAGCCCACAGAGCUCGUUACUUCUGGGGUAACCUUCCCGGUAUGAACAGGCCUCUGGUUUCUACAGUAAAUGAUAAGCUGGAAUUACAAGACUGUUUGGAACAUGGCAGGUUAGCAAAGUUUGGCAAGGUCCGCACCAUCACCACUAGGUCGAACUCCAUCAAGCAGGGCAAGGACCAGCAUUUCCCCGUGCACAUGAAUGAGAAGGAGGACAUUCUCUGGUGCACUGAGAUGGAAAGGGUUUUCGGCUUCCCAGUCCACUACACUGACGUUUCCAAUAUGAGUCGUUUGGCAAGGCAAAGGCUUCUGGGAAGAUCCUGGAGUGUCCCGGUCAUUCGUCACCUCUUUGCCCCUCUUAAGGAAUUUUAUGCCUGUGUUUAACACAUUAGGCACAGGGACCUGAGGCUGAUCCCCAUCUUCUCAACAACCCACCACCCCCCGAUCCUGCAAGAGCCUCACUCCAUCCUUCGCCCCAUCCUCUGACGGAAGAAAGAAGCGAAACAAGAAAGUGUCACGUAGGAAAUCAAUCUCAGUAAAGCCACGGGGGCAGAGAAUCAGCAGCUGCCAGGAGAUCGGGGGCAGACAAUUUUACGUAAUUUCCUGUUCAAUGUUACAUUUUAUUCUAUUUUACACUUGUCCACAUUUCUCAUUUUAUUUUGUAGUUUUUAUCUGCUAUUUUAUAGGGGGAAGAGGGGGGAAUUUUAACCCCCUCUGGCCCUAGGUUUUAGCAAAUUAAUGCAGUGCCGCUAGUCUUCAUGAAGACAUCAUACAAACGGAGAAGGCCCAUUGAGUUGUUGGGGAUCUUUUGUCCGUUGUUGAGGUCAUUGUGUCCUUAGGUUCAAAGUUGACGUUUAAUGUUCAGUAUCUUGUACUAUGCCUUAGUCACAUGACUGCCAGAGGAAGUGAUUCCUUUUUGCAGGAACCUCCAUAGAUUGCCUAAAAUACCGUAAAUAUUCAGUGGUUGUAGCACAAGGGAGGAAUACGAUAUAUAACAUAUAUAUCUACACAUUUUCCUUUCAGCGUGACUUUUUGGCAUUGUCAUAGUGAGACUAGCGUUUACUAAGCUGUGUUUCUCCAUAAGCGACCUUCCUGGGACCACCUCCUUCUGGAAGUCUUGGAGAUUCACUGCUCAGCAAACAGGGUGCAGCUUUUAUAUAGUAUGGUCUUCUGCAUCGUCUUCUACAUUUUUUUCCCUCAUCUUCCUUAAACUGAUCAUCGGAUAUGAAACAUUCUAUAUAGAUUUUACCAGAUGCCAGCUUUCAGAAUUUUAUGAGACCGAUAAAAAAAUAGUUACAGGACAAGAAAAUAAGAUGGUGAAAUUAUACACCUUUAUAUUCUUUUCAGCUUUUCAGGCACCUUGUGCAAAAAAGAGCUCACACAGACAGCUCAGACCUCUCAACACUGUUUACACUGUUUGUGAUAAUAACCAAUACGCAGCUUUAUAAGUGCGUGCAUGAUACGUCAGGUAUGCCACUAAAAUUGGCUCCCAUGUCCAUUUCCAAUCUCCUGACAGAGAAGCAAAUAUUGCUUCUUCUGAGAAACAAAUAUUGGUUCCCAAGGCCAUUCCCAGUCUUCUGAGAAACAGAUAUUGGCUCCCAUGGCCAUUCCCAGUCUUCUGAGAAACAAAUUUUGGUUCCCAACUCCAUUCACAAUCUCCUAAGAAAAAAAUAUUUUUGUCCCAUGGCCAUUCCCAAUCUCCUAACCAAGAAAUAAAUAUUGGCUACCAUGACCAUUCCCAAUCUCCAAACUGAGGAACAAAUAUUGGUUCAGAUGGUUGUACCCAAUCUCCUGAGGACCCAAUAUUGUUUCCCAUGGUUGUUCCCAAUCUCCUGACUGAGAAACAAAUAUUGGCUCCCAUGGACGUUCCCAAUAUCCUAACUGAGAAACAAAUAUUAGCUCUCGUGUCCAUUCCCAAUCUCCUAACCGAAGAACAUAUAUUGGUUCCAAUGACCCAUCCCAAUCUCCAAAGAAAUAAAUAUUUGCUUCCAUGACCAUUCCCAAUCGCCAAACCUAGGAACAAAUAUUGGUUUCCAUGGCCGUUCCCAAUCUCGGUUCCCAUGGGUGUUCUCAAUCUCCUGACUGAGAAACAAAUAUUGGCUCCCAUGGUUGUUUCCAAUCUCCUUUUUGAAAAAAAAAUAUUGGCUCCCAAAUGAGUUCCGAAUCUCCUGAUUGAAAAACAAAUAUUGGUUCCCAUGGCUGUUCUCAAUCUUCUGAUUGAGAAAAAAAUAUUGGCUCCCAUAGCUGUUCCAAAUUUCCUGACUGAGAAACAAAUAUUGGCUCCCAUUCUACUGACUGAGAAACAGAAAUUGGCUCCCAUGUUCUUUCCCAAUUUCCUAAGAAACACAUUUGGAUUCCCAUGUUUGUUCCUAAUCUCCUGACUGAGGAAUAUGGCGCAUGGGUGGUAACUAAAGAUAUUGGUGGUUUUUAGGAGAUAUUGUAAGAUGUUUACAAUACAUCAGGUGCUGUUAAAUCUCUCUAAUGCUUCCAUGCUAAUUUUGGAAGCCACCAGUAUCUGUCUGUUGGUCAACAAUGGAGGCCCUCAGUUGUGGGAAUAGUAACACGGUGCCCAUGUAUUGUUUUAAAGUAUGAUAUACCUAUGUACUGUGAUGCAUACCUUUAGAGCGCUGACGUAUUUGUGUAUUGGUACUGAUUACUGCUGUACAACAACUUCUUAUGGUGCUUACCAACAAUGGGAUGAUUAAAAACAUCAGCUGCCAUGUUGCCUUACAGGCUGUGCAAAAAAGCUGGCCAUUGGCCAUAUCUGGGUCAGAUCUGUGUGUUCACGGGACAUUCCGAGCUUCCUGUGGUUAAAUAUCAAGUGGUGACAUUGUUCCACUCUGCAAUCAGGUGCUUAUUUUUAUAAGAACUGUGCCUAUAAACACUUCAAGUCUAACCUUGCCAGUCAGUAAAUUAGACUUUAUGGUGAAUAUGUUGGAGCCUUUCCUAAACAUUCUUUACCUCUGUCUCCAGGAGGCUUUAGGAGAUCUUCCCCAUGGAUUACUGAGAGCUAAUCUCUCUAGUGCCUUAUUACACCAAGGCAGUUACUUCCAAAGGGUUGGGGUGUUCUAAGCUUCGGGGGAUGUAGUGUAGGCUUCUUGGUAAACAUCACAAGACCAAGAAAUAAGAUCCUGUUAUGUAAUAUGAAGAAUUGAAGUAAACCAGUCGGCAGAUUCCUACCAAAUAUAACCUUAGGAUUCAUGGGAGGAUGUAUUGUUUGUGAUGUAGGGCUCCUUAAUAGAACUAAAUUCAAUUCAGAGCUUUCUAGUGUGCAGAAAAGCCACAGGAUGGAGUUCCAAGAGUUGGGGGGGGUUGCACAAUAUGCUUCCUUGGCUGCCGUUAAACUAUAAGUCACAGUAUCUGGUUUAGGGGAGGUGUUCUUCUUUACUAAUAGCUAGAGGGUCACUGUUUCAUACUUGUAUGGACCAGGCACAGAGCAGUUUCAGAGGAUUUUAUAUCUAUUCUAUUUCAUACCAGACAUUUUGAUGGUUAAGAGAUGAUCCAUGAUAAGGCAGAACACUACCAACUUCACAUUUGUCUAUAACGAUAAACUGGUGCUAUUAGAUGGGCCCGUUUUUGGUCCAUAAUCGUCACAUGUUGUGAGUGCUGUCUCACGGCCAUCUCAUGUAUUUUAUUUUUAGACCUUGCAAAGGCCACUUAAACCAUCUGUUUGUGGUGCCUUAUUGCCAACCUGCAUGUAACAUUUUCAGAUCUGGCACCAAUGUACAUUCAUUCCUUCAACUUAUAUGAUCAUGUCACCAUGAGUACAGAGCAACCACUGGACUCCCUGGGAUUUUGAGCUUUUGCCUGGGUUUAUCGAUGACAUGUGUAUGUCGUCGAUAAACCUUAUCACCUUCUAGAUUUGGCCGGUAUCUCUCCUAUGCAAAAAAGAGCAGCAUAUACCCCUGCCAGUCAAUGUUAGCCAACUAGAGACCAUUCCCUACUUUUUAGCAAAUACCCCACCACUGGUGUAUCUGCCCUGUUAUGAGAAUGUACAAUAACCACAAUGACCUCUAUAUAUUUGAAUUGUGUAUUGUUUUUUUACCACCUGCCAAGAUGGCUCCAUUCAUGAUACCAAUGCUGGUGCUUAUUGUGUUGGUUUGUGCAGCCACUACACUCACACUUACUGUAUUACUGGGGUCCAUGACUCUAUUGUGUGCUAAACAUAGCAGGCUUCUUCUGAUAGUCCAUUACAAGUCUAGGACAGCCUAGUGCACCUCCUCUUCUCCAGUGGGAGGAUCAGCGAUGUUUUUAGUCAUCCCUAACAUAAAACCAAUCCAUAAUCUGCGGUUUUUAUACUUGUGCUGGGGAUUGGCAAAUGCAGUCUCUCAAAUUCCUCUUAUCAUAAGGGGUUUGGAUACUCAAAUUCUGUAAAACUGGGCUUUUAGCGAGCGGGGCCCAGGGAUCCGUUCCAUUCUGUUCUAGGCCAUUUCAGAACGAAUAGUCCGGAACCCUCACCCCUUGUACUGUUUUAAAGUACAGGACAAUAUAAUGUGCGUGUGCAGCGCAUGUUCACAACUUUCUCUUUUAUUCUUGUUGGUUCUGCUUUUGGGAAUCUUUUUUUUUUAAAAGAAAAACAGUUUUUUGUUGUAAAGGGGGCGGGAAAGACAUAAACCCCGCCCACCUUCUGUUUCCUCCUUUGUAUAUGAUGUGAACAUUUUUAUUUUGUGUGUCUGAGUUACUUGAUUAAGGUUUGGCUGUGUCUAUGGCAAACAAAUACAGCCCGUUUCAAUGACUGAACAUCUUCCAACGUCUUUUGUAACAUCGCACUCUCCUUCCAGUCACAACUGUGAUUCUGACAAAAGAGGGAAAAAAAUAUUGUAUGUUAUUUUCCCCCCGGUAGUUUUGUAACGUUCUCAUGGCAGCGACUUGCUGAUGUAGCAAAAAUAAGAAAAUAAAUCUACAGAUCCUUCCAUCCAACGAAGCUCUCUGGCUUGAAAUGUGGAUUUGCAGUGGUCCCUCAUUGUAGCGCCUGCUCACACGCACGUCAAAGCCGCUAGAAAUGCCGGCGCGGUACAGACAGUGACGCUCAUUUCAUCUCAGUUGAUGUGUAUGAGAGGCGCAAAGAAGGGGGAGCACCAUAACGCAGCUCUUGGUUUCCACAUUUUGAACCAGAAAUUAAUAUUUGGGGGGUUUUUGGUUUGUUUUUCAAAGCUAAAAUCUGCACUGGAACAUCCGUAUCUGCUUAAAACCUUGGUAUUAUUGGCCAAGAAUUUUGUUUUAAUGUUUGCUCUGCUUGUUCUUUUGAUAAAUUUGGUGCUAUUUUUUCAGGCUCAGACAAUUUCCUGACUAGGGACUAGGGUUGAGCAGCGAGGCUCCAGCCUAGGGCACAUGGCUAUUGGGGGGCACGGUACAAGCAAUGACUCUUUGACCCACAUUUCAUUUUUAACAGCAACAUACUCCAGCUACUGCAAUAGCCGAAUCAUGUCGCUCAUAGGUAUCAUGGGAAAUAUCACAUUGGAUGGGAGUAGCGAACUUCCGAUCUUACAGUGGAUGGGGCACAUUGCUGUGCUAAAAUUAAAGACUGGCGGGUGGAUCCCCAAAGGCAGACAAGAGACUGUAGACAGACAGACAGCAGCAUGGGGUCUCCUACCUGUCCAACAUCUCAUUGCCAAUCCAUGGGGAUUAAGAUGGUUUCCUCUCUUUUUGCUGCUGUUACUGCCCCUACUCUUCUGGGAAGGUCCCACUAGAUGUUGUGGCUGGGAGUUGCUUCCAUUCAGCCACAAGAGCAUUAGUGAGGUUGGGCACUGAAGUCGAUUAUCAGGCUCAUUGUUGGGGAUUCAAUUCAUCCUACAGUGAUUCAGUUAGAUUGAGGUCAAGGCCCUUUCACUACCAUCUCAUCAACCCCAUUCUGUAUGCACUGUACUUUGUGCUGUACCCUACUUAUUCUGCUGAGAGGGCCUUACCUGAACUGUUGUCCAAGUAUCAUUUUAGGCUGUAGCAUUAAGGUAAGAACUAGGGGCCCUGGCCCAAACCAUGAAAAACAACACCAGCCCAGUAUUCCUCCAUCUAGUUUGUACCUCUGUCUAGGUGAGGUGGUGAUGCUUGGAAGCUUUUAUUGUCUCUAACGUACUAUGAAGGUGCCCCCCCCAGGACUGGCACAGAAUUAAACCCUUUUAUGUUCCAGAACCUUCCUCAGAUGUUUCUCCUGUAUUCCCAAAACAUUUCCAGAGAAGAUGUAACUACAGUUUUUUUUUUUAAUUGUUGGUGUUUGUUGACUUAAACAAAGAGCAAUGUUUUCAGGGAUCUUUUUAUAACGUGAAUAAAACUUUUACAUUUUUAAUUUCUCCCCGUCUUAUUUUGGUAAAGAAUGGUAGUGACCCCUGGCUCACUCUUCUGAAGUGAGACCAUAGAAUUGGGCAGUAGGACUGAAAUUCCCACUAUUCCAUGACAGUCGCACCUGCUACUCACUCACUCUCAUUUAAAUUUCUAUAGACCCCUCCCUCUUAUACACCUCAUAUAAACGACAUAUUACACUUGCCCGUCCUUCUAUUUGUCACAUAAUAUAACUGAGUUAGUGAAGCCACACAAACAUAUAUGCAAAGAAAAUCCCAUACAACAAACCUGUUUUAGGCCACACAUAUGUACCUAUCAUUCUAUUUGCAUGUGUCUCAUGAUAUAUCUAAAUCAAUAAGUGAAACUCUUAUUUCCCAGGAGUUGUCCUGAUUCCUUCAACCACAAAGCCACCACUCCCAUCCAACAUUUAGUAAGGGCAUUUCAAUAACGUUAGAAGAUGCAGGAAGAUGUCCAUACCCAGUACCAACUGACUGGAAAACUAAUGCAACUGGGCAACUUCACCACCUUCUAUAAAUCUAGUGAAAUGAAUAGGCUGCAGGUAAAGAUUAUAUCUGUUUGAUUUAACUUAAUCCAGAUCAAUCCAACUUAAUCCAGCGAUCCAUAGCUACUGAGCAUGUGAAGGACAACUAAACAGGGAGAGGCUGGACCAAAAUAAGCCAUAUGGACAGUAAGAUCUUGUAAAGCUUAUGGAAAAGUAGAUAAUUCCUAGGUAACAGGCAGCUUGUUAUGUCUAGGAAAUCCAACGGACAGAAAGGCUCACUAGUGGGACCCCCUGUGCAGUCUUUACUUUGUUAGAUUUUGUUGGCAGGAGAUGUAAUUGAAGAAUAGCUGCAGGGAAAUAGGUUGGACACUUUUAAUGACAGAUCCCCACACAACCGCUCUUGCUCCCAACCACAACAAAAGAUGGCUUUGGCAGCCUAGCCUGGCCACUGGAUAGUUCUAUAAAAUUUGUAUUUAAUUAUUCAGAAUUGAGAUGCUGGUCCUCUGUUUAAAUGGACUUGUUCUGAAUUCUAACCUUACAGCAGCUUAUUCUGUCUCAUUACAUUUGUAUGACCCCUGAUAUGAGCUACCCUGUGGUAGGUCUUCUCCUCCACCUAUUUUCAUAUAUGAACCUUUCAUAGGGAUCUCAUUUGGGUCAACAGAUCUGCUUUCUGAGGUUCUGCAAGAAAUUCUUUUUAAACAAUUGCUUUGCGCUCAGGAGCAUUAGGAGAACACUAUUCUCCCAUUUUCAAGGUUCUAAAUAAACUGUAAUUCCCUUCCAUUUGCCAAACUGGAACUUUUCAGCAAACCGGGAAAGGUGAGAACCUUGGUAUCUUUAAGAGCAGAAUUUACAGGGUCUGUUGCUUUUGGGCAGGAGAGUGCAAUUGUACGCUCUACACUAGUGAUCACAACCCCCUGAUGGAAGCAUAAGAGGGGCAAGAACAGGUGAAGGGGUGGGAGAAAGCAAAAUGCCUACAAGCUCCCCUCUUAGCAAAGUGGACAAUUCAAAAGCUCUUUAUCUUCAACUGAUGGAUCUCCAAGACCAAAAUACACACAUUCACCCAAGUAGGUCCUCUAAUCCUAGUGACCCCACAAACCUACUUUGUUUGUGUACAGUGAAAACCAACCAACAUGUAAAGCUAAGGAGGUCAGACAUUGACAAGUACAACCAUGGUUUCUAUUGUCUGAAGCAAAAACUAGCACCAGAUUUAUCAAGCAGAACACACAGGGCAGUCUCUGUUGUGCAUGUAUGGAUGUUAUUUGGCUUCAUUACCUUGGGAAAGCCUUCACCCUCUUUAUUCUGCAGAUAUAUUUUUUAUACAAAGAAUAUAAACUGUGCACAAAUAGUUUAGCUGGGUGUCCCCCUUGAGGCUCUAACAAACACGGCAUUGCCCGGUGUCUCCGGUGUCCCUUUUGGGAACUAGGUUUCACCAGGGGAACCUGGCUUAACUCUGGACGCUCUGAUGGUGCUAUCAACCCAGAAUCGGGUCUGCAUGUCCAGAAAUCCAAUAUAUUUUCUCAACACAGAGAAUUUCACUAAGUUUUACAUUUCUCUUGAACUAAAUGUACUGUAUGAUUCAAUGUUUGUUCAGUGGGACAGCUGGCUAAUAAAAUUCUCCCCACUGUCUUAAUGUCUUUCUAACUCAAAAGAAUGUCCGGGAAACAUGGAGGUCUAUACAAGAUCUCCAAUCUACUGCCUCACAGAAGGUCUGUAGGCCAAUGCACCAAAGGGACAAGGCAACAAGCCACUAUGGUUUGAGCCCAUCAUAUAAUGGGAGAGCUCCAUCGCACUCCUAUAUAUGUACUGCAGACAUGCUCCAGUUUGUGACACAUUACAGAGAGAUAGCUAUCCAUUUGAACCCCAGCUGGUUGUAGGUGCCUCAAGCUAAAAACUCCAGUCUGGAGACUGUUCCAUGUAUGUAUUGAAAUAAAAAACAGCAACAGUACAUUAUAAAUGCAUGCAAAAUACAUUUACUGGCCCUUUAAGGAGCCUAUGGGGAUAAUCUGCUCCAUGGCAAGUAUAUGAUCUUCACUACAAUACAAGAAUACAAUAUAGGAAUGCUAAGAGGGUUGUUUAUAUUGUCAUCUGGAGCAUUUUCAGCAAUGCAAUUUCCCAAAGUGUUUAGCAAAGUUUAGUUUUCACUGCAUGCUCCCCCUAGUGGCAGGAUGGAGAAUCUAUAAACAAGUAUUAAAUUAUGGGUUGGUUAAUUACAUAAAUAAAGAGGUAAACAGAGUACAAAUAUAAAUAAUCAUGAAAUAAAAUGAUCAUCUUAUGCCUAAAAUAUUGCUGCUGUGGCUUUGUCCUGUGGAGAGAGCUCUGUGCUCUCCCACUGUCAAGAGAGCUCUGUGCUCUCCCACUGACUGUCCAGAGAAUGCCAUUGGGACUCUCCCAUUGACUGUUCAGAUAAUGCCAUUUCAGCUAUCCCAUUAACUGUCCAAAUUAUGUUUUUAGGUCUCUCCCAUUGACUGUCCAGACCAUGUCACUGGGACUCUUCCAUUCACUUCCAGACCAUGCCAUUGUGGCUCUCCCAUUGACUGUUUAGAGCAUGCCAUUUGGGGCUGUCCCAAUGACUGUUCAAAGUAUUCCUUUGGGUCUCUCCCACUGACUAUCCAGACCAUGCCACUGGUGCUCUUCCAUUGACUGUCAGGACCAUUCAAUUGGGGCUCUCCCAUUUGCUGUCCAUACCAUGCCAUUGGGGCUCUCCCAUUUGCUGUCCAUACCAUGCCAUUGGGGCUCUCCCAUUUGCUGUCCAUACCAUGCCAUUGGUGUUCUUCCAUUGACUGUCCAUACCAUGCCAUUGGGGCUCCCCCAUUUGCUGUCCAUACCAUGCCAUUGGUGUUCUUCCAUUGACUGUCCAUACCAUGCCAUUGGGGCUCCCCCAUUUGCUGUCCAUACCAUGCCAUUGGUGCUCUUCCAUUGACUGUCCAUACCAUGCCAAUGGGGCUCUCCCAUUUGCUGUCCAUACCAUGCCAUUUGGGCUCUCCCAUUUGCUGUCCAUGCCACUGGGGCUCUCCCAUUUGCUGUCCAGACCAUUCCAUUGGGGCUCUCCCAUUUGCUGUCCAGAGCAUGCCAUUGGGGCUCUCCCAUUGACUGACCAGACAAUGCCAUUGGGGCUCUCCCAUUCACUGUCCAAAGUAUGCCUUUGGGUCUCUCCAAUUGAAUGUCCAGACCAUGCCACUGGUGCUCUCCCAUUGACUGUCCAAACCAUGACAUUGUGGCUUUUCCAUUGACUGUUCAGAGCGUGCCAUGUGGCAAUCUCCAAUUGACUUCCAAAGUAUACCGUUGGGUCUCCCCAUUGACUGGCCAGACCAAGCCUUUGGAUCUCUCCAAUUGACUGUCCAGACCAUGCCACUGGGGCUCUCAUAUUGACUGUCCAGAUCAUGCAAGUGGGGCACUCCCAUUGACUAUACAAAGUAUGCCUUUGGAUCUCUCCCAUAGACUGACCAGACCAUGCCACUGGGAUUCUCCCAUUGACUACCCAAAUCAUGACAUUGGGGUUCUCCCAAUGACUGUCCAGUAUAUGCCACUGGUGCUCAGGAAAUUGUAGUGGUAAGUAGCAUGGUUAGCUUGUCUUGGCUUAUAAACGACAGUUAUUAAUGGACAAACUUUAGCCCUCCAAAUUUAAAAAAAAAUGUUUUGGGGUGACUACUAGGGCCCCACAAAGUAGCAGAUUAAUGUAGGGAGUCUAGAAUAGAUGUGUUUUUUUCAUCCUAAAUUACUAUGUGAGUAAAGAUCAAGAUGGAUCAGUAGAGCAGGUUGGCAAAGCGUGUUGGGGUCACCUGUUGCUGAGGGGCCACCCAAGUGAUGUUUUAGAGACUGGAACAUCGCUGCAGGAUACAUUUAAGAUAGACUUUACCCUAAAUCUCUGGAACUGAGGGGCCCCACUACCUGUGUCCCCCAGGAUACCAGCACUUAGAAUACAACUUAGUGAAUGAAGGCACACACGUGCCUUGGGUGUAACAUAGGAGAUCCGGACACAAAAAAAAACAAACAAUUUUUCUAUUUUAUUUUCACCUCUAACAUUUAUUUUCAUCCUUUCAAAGGUGCUGAGAUUUUAUAUUUUUAAUGAAUUUUUUUUUUCAACAUUUUCCUCUUGUUUUGGCAUAGCCCUGGGUGAAACUGAAAAGCAUUAAAUAUAUAAAAAAAAAUAAAAAUGCCUGAAUUCCUUAAAAUGAGAAGAAGGUGGAAGUCGAUUUAAAACAUAAAGGUGCUACGUGUUUUAUGAAAAAAACAAAGUAUAUAUAUUGUUAAAUUAAAUCAACUAUUUGGUCAAUGACUGUUUUUUCUUUAAUUUGAUUCUUGGUUAUUUUUUAUUUCUCGGCGUGCUGAAGGGAGAAAGCACUCUUAUUUUACUGUUCUAUAUUAUUAUUAUGAAAACAAAUGAGUAAAAAAAAAAGGCAUUUUAACUUUGUACUUGAAAUAAAUAACAAAAAAAGAAAAAAAAAGGCAAAAAGAUUUCAUGUGUUUUAGCCUAGGCGUUGAACUAGUGGGUGCUUUAACUCUUUGUGACAAUGAUGUAUA